CUCUAAUGUUUUGGGGUCGAGACGCUUUGCAGGUUUAGCUAUAUGUUCAUUCAGUGGAACCAAAUUGAUUGAGGGAUUGUUAAAGUAUUUGAAGACUCUUCGUAUGUUUUCUCAACAAGUUAAAGGUUUACAAAAGAAAUGGAUCAACACACGAAAAAAUCCCCAAAUAACACUGUUCUUAAGUUUGAGAACACUUGCAAUGUCCUGAACAACUGGAUUUAGGGAUACUUUUUGAUGUUUCUUCUGCAAUGGAUUAAGCGUCCCUGCGUGUUGUACUUACUGGAGAUAGUACCACCGUUCUUCGUCCUGGAUAUCGAUAGAUUCGGGACUUCACAUUUUGAUCAUCCACCUCUUAUCUACACUGGUCGUUUAGGUGCUCUCUGAACAAAUGGAUGACUUAAUAUGUGAAAACUCUGUUCUGUGUGUGUUCUUAUAGUAGUUAUCUUUGUUAGAUCUUUUCUCGGACGGUAUGGGAAUAAUUGUGAGGUUUGUCAAUGUAUUUUACAUAACAGUAGUACUUGUUACCUGUGACGUCAUCGGUAAACGAAGGGGUCAAAAUUCACAUCCUCCAGACGGCCCAAAGUUAUUGACCUUUUCUGUUGACCCUCCUGUCAGUCACAGUCCCCGGCUUGUUGUCCCAGUGGACACAAACACAGACCUACGGUUGGGAUGUCGGGCAAGGAACGUGGAGGAGCCAAUCCAGGUGUUCUGGGAAAAAAGGGGGCCAAAGGGAGUGGAACCAAUAACAAGCAUGAUUACCCCCUAUCCGGAGGACAGCGAGAAAUACGAGGUCUCCACCGGAUCUUCCGUCAGUGAUGACGUCACGGACCUGUUCUACCUCACCGUCAAUAACGUCGAUUACAACGACAAUGGAAAGUACUUCUGUCAGGCGUACUACAAAUACAGGCGGAUAGAUGGAAAUGUCGUUGUUUACGUCAGAGGACCGCCGAAAGUUGGGGUGUUUGAGAACAUGAUUUCUGGGAUGCUGAACUGGGACCUGCAACUGGUGUGUCCAUUUCACUCUCAGGAUGAAAUCAACAACAGAAGUGUGUGGUAUAAGGGGGACACGCCCAUCCAGAACGAUACCGACGACAGAUACAGUACUUCUAUCAAACGUUAUGAUGAAAUUGGCGGGGAAUUCAUUCUGUCGAUCUCCAGACUACAAGAGAGCGAUGUGGGUAACUAUACCUGUGUUGUACGCAACGAGUACGGGUCAGACCGCGGGAGGAUAGAGGUCCAAGUUGGAGAACGCACCGAACAGAAGGGAACAGAACAAACAAAAAAGGUGGAAUUCAUCUACCCAACGCAUUCGCAGAUCAGCGUGGAGGGGAAAAGUCCCCUCAAACUGUGCUGUAAGGCCCAGGGCUUCGACAAAGUGCCGACGUUGGCCGAUGGAUCAAGGAUGAUGUGGCUGGUCCGCAGCAUCACAGGAAAGGAGGUACACCUGAGGUCCCAAGACGAAUACAUGAACGGGGACGUCCGCCUAAGAACAUACUUCAUAUUUAAUUCCACUGGGAUCUACUUCAACCUUCUGGCCGAGAGCCUCACUAUCAACUUUACCGGAACCUACAUGUGUGGCCUUGACCUAGAUGGCAGGCUCUACCAUGACCACAUAAAUAUUACUGUUCAAGAUCGCCCAUCCGUGACGGCCGAUAUCACAAUGAUGAAUGGUACUCUAGGAGAAAAUAAAAACUUGACAUGUCACGUGUGGAGUAGCCCCGCCCCUACAUUGCUCACCUGGUACUUUGAUGACGCCAUUCUGCCAUCUUCUUCCAGAUUAAAGAAAAUGACAGUCUUUCAUAAUGAGUACCAGCUGGAUAUGGUAUUGAAUAUCAAUUCUGUGCAAGUGUCGGACUUUGGCGUAUACACGUGCAAGGUGUACAACUCUUAUGGUCAAGGAAUUGCCGUACAAAUGAUCCAAGAUAUCGAUGAAUGCAGCUACGACAGUGAGAUCUGUGGCUCAGCCACGUGUAUCAACACUAUGGGGGAGUACAGGUGUGAGUGUGAGUCGGGCUACAUCUUCCAAAACGGCACCUGCACAGAUAUUGACGAGUGUAACUUGCCCACCAAGAAGCCAUGUGACCAGAUCUGUACAAAUACCGUGGGGGCGUACACCUGUAGCUGCUACAGUGGCUAUGUCCUGGACAGGACCAACAGCUACUCGUGUCUGGCUGUGGCAGGGUUGACAGACACUGAUGACAAAGGGGAUACUGAGGACUCUGACUUGUACACCAUUAUAGGGGCCGCCUCGGGGGUCCUCCUGAUCCUGAUACUCUCCAUACUGAUGCUCACCUGGUUCAGGAGACGCAAGUUUGACGCAUCGGACAAUGCCUCUACAAAACAGAUUUUUCAGGACAAUGUUGCUUACCAAUCCAGUGGAGAAAGCACGAUUAAGCUGAAAUCUUACUUGGAGGAUCUUCAGAGGUGUGUACUUCCAAGUGACGAAUUCCCCAGACAACGUCUUCAGCUUGGCAUUGAUUUAGGUCAAGGUCGUUUUGGAAAAGUUAUGAUGGCGCGUGCUCUGAACAUCAACGGAAAUUCUGAUUGGGAAAUGGUUGCCGUAAAAACUACAUGUGAUGACGCGAUGGAGAUAGAAAAGGAAGACUUGUAUCAUGAGUUAGAAAUAAUGAGAAAGAUUCCACACCACCCAAACGUUGUAGAUUACUUGGGAUGUUGUACUCAGCAAGAUCCCUUUUACAUUAUCAUGGAGUACGUUGCUGGUGGAAACAUGCAGCAAUACCUGCGGAAGUUUAGACCUUCCCAGCAAGCCACGAACAGCGAGGAGCUUGUUCCUCCCACUGCCAAAGAUCUCAAAAGUUUCGCCCUCCAGAUCUCAAGAGGGAUGGAACAUCUGUCUUCUUUAAAUAUAAUUCAUCGUGACCUUGCCGCUCGCAACGUCUUGCUCGACCGGAAGGGAGUGUGUAAAAUCUGUGACUUCGGGCUUUCCCGUACUGUGGAAGGAGACGAGGUUUACGAAAGGUCAUCAAAGGGUCCCCAGCCGAUCAGGUGGAUGGCGCCAGAAUCUCUCUCCGACCAGUGCUUUACUAGGAAGAGUGACGUGUGGUCCUAUGGGGUUCUUAUGUGGGAGAUCAUCACGUUGGGUGCCACUCCAUAUCCCGGUAUGUCGGCCAGAGAGGUCAUUUCCACAGUGAUGAUGGGAAAAUGGCUGUCUCGUCCUCUUCAUUGCAAACCAGAAUUAUAUGCCCUAAUGGUACGAUGUUGGGACAUGUUACCGCCGAAUCGUCCGUCCUUUAGUGAAAUCAGCAAAGACGUGGAGAAACUUUUAGAGAAAGAGUCAGACUAUAUUGAACUCCAGGAAUAUGAGGAGGCCAAAUUCAGUGUCCUUGACCCUGACCUUGUAGAUGAACGUGUGUAAUUACAUGUAUCCAAUGGGAAUGAAAGGAUAACUGACCAAUUCCAAAUUCCAACAAUCGAGAGAAAAAAAUAUACAUGUUUGUGAUAGCCAAUCAACAAAUUUAGGGCAAUCUAAUUUGGUACAAGAAGUGUAUGAAUAUAAUGUCACACACUGAGUGUGGAACAAUUUUAUAUGUUGUGCUUUGGCGCUGGUGAAUGAAUACACUUACAUGUAUGAACAAACUACACAUUUAGAGGUUGUUUGUUCUGUCGACUCGCUCCGUUUGCUGGUUCUCUGUCGACCCUCAGUGUCACUGGUUCCUUGAGUUGGAUGGAUAUAAGGAAUAUGGUGUAUGACUGAUUAUUAAUCAGGAAAUGUAUCCACUGUAUAUCCAUAUUAUGAUAACCUCAAAGGUCAACCAAUGAAAAAAACAGUAUAUGUAUGACGAUUGUACAGAUGUGGCAGACUGCUUGGUGUGUUUUAGCAUUAUGUCAAAAAAUGAAUGUCGAUCGUUGUUAUAAAUAUUUGUUUUAUUCGAAAUAUAAUACUGGUUUUUAAGUCCCGUUUUAUAAAUCAGGGUGCAAUUUUCUGUUUUGUGUCAAUUGUGAGAAUGCUUCGAAGUGUGUUUAUUUGUACAGAUCAAAAAUGAAAGUUCAGUAUUUUACGAGAGGUGCGCAUUCCAAACCAGAACUUAAUCACAAAAAAAAACUAAAUCUGUGAUAUGAACUCUUAAGUGUGUAUGCAUAAUUUUUCUUUUCAUAUUACAUGAAUAGUUGAAUAUAUGUAGAGUUUUAGAUGGGUAUGUGCCAUGUAGAUUAUUCAUAUGUCAAAUGCACACUUCUUUUGGAAUCAUCUUUACUGAUUAAAAGUUUUUUUUACAUGUU